CCGGAGGGCGCCGGCAGCCUCCCAAAACACUGAUCAUAGUUAGCCCAAACAUACUUACAACUACUACUCAUUCAAAAUGGCAGCAGCCAUACAAGCCCCUUCCAUUCCCAGGUCCCAAAAUGACCUGUCAACCUUCGACGAAGCUAGAAAAGGCGCCUACGUCUAUCUUCAAUCUCGCCUAACUCACAAAGCCCCAGCCUCGAAUGAACCAUUCGAGAUCCCAGUAAUUGACAUCUCCCCUUCCUUCUCCUCAUCUCUUCUUGACCGCCAAGCCGUCGCCGAUAACAUCCGCGCCGCGUGCACGACCAGCGGAUUCUUCUAUAUCACCAACCAUGGCGUGCCGUUGCCAACCUGCGCGACCAUGCUCAGCGAAGCCAAACGCUUCUUCAAAGCGCUGUCUCCGAAGCAAAAGGAGCUAAUGCAUUUGCGGAACUCGAAGGUGGGCAUGGGGUGGGAGCCGAAAGCGUAUACGAGUAUUGCGGGGGACUCGGAGACGAAAGAAGGGUUUAAUUUUGGGUAUGAGGCGGGCUUGGAUAAGGCGGGUGGCGAUGGGCUGUAUAGGAAUAUUGAUGGGACGGACGUAAAGGGGAAUCAGUGGCCAGGGGAGGAGGCGUUGCCGGGGUUUUUUGGGAAUAUGAGGGAGUAUUAUAGUGAACUUCUGCAACUAGCCCGCCACCUCUUCCGCCUCUUCGCCCUCUCCCUCGCCCUCCCAGAGGAUCAUUUUGAUCCUAUGACAACGCACCCAGGUGGCACUGUUCGCCUGCUCUACUACCCGCCCGCCAAAUCACCUGCCCCGUUCUCCCCCGACCCAGCAUCGUCAUCCGAAAUCGGCCUUGGCGCUCACUCCGACUACGAAUGCUUUACCCUCCUCCUCUGCUCCGCCUCCUCCGGCCUCGAGAUCCUCAGCCCCUCCGCUCAAUGGACGCCCGCGCCGCCCGUGCCCGGCAGCUUCAUCGUCAACGUCGCGGACUUCAUGAUGCGCUUCACGAACGGCGUGUACAAGAGCACCGUACACCGCGUUGUGAACCGCGCUGCGGAGGAGCGGUACAGCGUCCCGUUUUUCUUUAGCGUGAACUACGAUCAGGUGGUCGAGACGCUGCCGAGUUGUGUGAGUGCGGAGAAUCCGGCGAAGUUUCCGCCGAUAAGGGCCGGGGAGUAUGUGUUGCAGCGGUUUUCGAAUACCACGGAGGGGGGUGGGGGGUAUGGUGCUGCGUUGUAGGCUUUUUGGCUAGAUUGGGGAGGAGUUUAUGCCUCGAGUUGAAAUGGAAACCGCCAACCCUCUCGUGUAGGGCUUUCUUGAGUCUAGCAUAGCUUACAAAGUGGCUUGUUCUGUAAAUUCACCAUUGUUUAUCUUAUAGCUUGCCUUGCAGCUUGUUUCGGGUGUUCCAUCUGAUUGUAUAGGGUCUUGAAUUCUAACAGCUCGUGGCGGACUUUUCGCUUGAUUCGCAGAACGGUAAAUUUUGCGAUCUACCUAGGAAGGACGGGCGACGGUGCCAGCAGACUGCAAUAGUCAUAUGCGUACUAGCAAAUGAUCUUUAGUGGCGUAAUUCCUUGGGGUAAAUAGAGAAUCUCAGUAAGAGCCAAUAUUUCCGACAUUGGUCUCACUCUGUGAUCU